CCUGAGUAAAGCGCAACGGCAGCCUUAGAUUCUCAGGCUGGAAAUCAGCAACGUCCCGUCCCGCCAUUCGGUGCCUUUUUUCAAUUACUCCGCAUCUGCUAAAUCAGAGCAGUUACUGUGUCGGCAACAAGUGAUGUGACAUUGGGUGUAGUGAAUCUAAAAUAAUUCCAACAGGAGCGCAAAAUUUACAAAGCAAAAGUUUAAGGGCCGGCAGCUGACACCGACUCCCGUUACGCAUUCGCCCCGUUGUCCGGCCGCGAUUUUAUAGAUUUUCCGUGUGUGCCGUUCGCGUUUAUUUUCACUGGGAUUUCGAACAGCUUGCCAAUUGUGUUUUGUGUAUUUAAUAGUUUCGCAUAUAUAGACAAAUAUAUCCGGAAGGGAAUUGAUUGUGGCCGACGGUGUGAGACCACAGCAAGAUGUCAUUCGAUAUAGCCGUGGCCGAUCAGAUGCGCAUUGCACUGAACUACGUCAAGUUCAAGACGAACCAGCAGCGCCUGCGCAGCAAUGACAAGGUCAUCGCCGACACGGUCUACGGAAAGGUGAAGGGGGUGAAGUGGCAGUCGAUCUACGGCAACAACUACUACAGCUUCGAGGGCAUCCCGUUCGCGAAGCCGCCGGUGGGCGAUCUCCGCUUCAAGGCGCCCGUGGAGCCGGACCACUGGUCAGAGGUCAAGCGGUGCACCCGGGUCCGCUCCAAGCCCUGCCAGGUGAACAUCGUGCUGAAGCAGGUGCAAGGUAGCGAGGACUGCCUGUACCUGAAUGUCUACACCAGGGAGUUGCAUCCCCACCGACCUUUGCCAGUUCUGGUAUGGAUUUAUGGAGGAGGUUUUCAAAUGGGUGAAGCCUCGCGGGAUCUUUACAGUCCGGAUUACAUUAUGAUGGAACAUGUGGUUCUGGUGGUUAUUUCAUAUCGCCUCGGAGCCCUGGGAUUUCUUAGUCUCGGAGACGAAGAGCUGGACGUUCCCGGGAAUGCCGGACUCAAGGAUCAGGUGAUGGCUUUGCGGUGGGUGAAAAAGAAUUGCCAGUUCUUUGGUGGCGAUCCUGAGAAUAUAACCGUUUUUGGUGAGAGCGCCGGGGGGGCCUCCACCCAUUACAUGAUGCUGACGGAUCAGACAAAAGGACUUUUUCACAAGACUGUUAUUAUGUCGGGAGCGGCCUUGGCUCCCUGGGCUCAGACCCCGACCCAUGUAAAUUGGCCCUAUCGGUUGGCUCAGGCCACGGGAUACACAGGUGAGCCAAAAGAUCGGGAGAUAUUUGCUCAUCUGAAGAAAUGCAAGGCCAGCAGUAUGCUAAAGAUGGCCGAGGAAAUUAUAACCAUGGAGGAGAGACACCAGCGUCUUACGAUGUUCAGCUUUGGCCCCACCAUCGAACCCUAUGCGACCCCACACUGUGUGAUUCCCAAGUCUCCGCUGGAGAUGAUGCGCGAUUGUUGGGGCAACAGCAUUCCCAUGGUAAUCGGCGGCAAUUCCUUCGAAGGCCUCCUGAUGUUUCCCGAGGUGAACAAGUGGCCGGAGCUGCUUUGCCAACUGGGUGACUGCGAGAACCUGGCGCCCUUGGACGCCCACGUAAACGAGGAGCAAAGGAGAGCCUUUGGAAAGAAAGUUCGGGAGCUGUACUUUGGCGAUAGGACUCCUGGGAGGAAGACCAUAUUGGAGUACAGUGAUCUCUUCUCGUACAAAUAUUUCUGGCACGGCAUACAGAGGACUUUGCUCUCGCGUGCUCAUCACGCUCCAUUGGCCCCCACGUUCCUGUACCGAUUCGACUUCGACUCGAAGCACUUCAACAUCAUGCGAAUCAUCACCUGUGGCCGCAAGGUGCGCGGCACUUGCCACGCGGAUGAUCUGUCGUACUUGUUCUACAAUGCGGCGGCCAAGAAGCUGAAGCGCCGAACGGCAGAGUUCAAAACGAUAAAGCGCCUGGUCUCCAUGAUCGUUCAGUUUGCCAUUUCUGGGGAUCCCAAUAUACCGAUGAUCGCCCAGGAUGAGAAGGAAGAGCCACAGGGGGCGUGGCUGCCCAUUUCGCGGGACGAUAAGGUGUUCAAGUGCCUGAACAUAUCGCACGAUGUGCAAGUGAUUGAGUUGCCCGAGGCCGAGAAGCUGCGACUUUGGGACAGCAUCUAUGAUAGGGAACUCCUGUUCUGAGAGACCCACCCACCUGCCUGCGUCCAGCACUCCCCAUCGCAAUAUCAUUUAUCCAUAGCAAUAUAUACGUAGCCUUAGAUAUAGCCCCUAAGCUGGCCCUGGAGUGGCCCUAAAAGCACAUCUAAUGUACACAUGUAAAUAGCGAUUUUUUAAAGCUUAGCUGUAAGGGUAAAUACAAAAAAAUAUAAACACAA